AUGGGGAUACAAAGAAGGCGGGAACAUAACACAACAACCAAUAACAUGUUGAGGAAGAGCAAGAGCCAAGGACUGAGUUUUGUCCGUAUACAUGCACCUUGGCAAGUCCUCAGUCGAGAAGCAGAACUUCUAAAGAUAAAAAUGCCCACUAAAAAGAUGUAUGAAAUCACAGAAGAAAAGGGAAUACUCAAAAUGUUAAAUGAAAUUUGGUGCAAACUGACUGAACCUCUGCAACCCCAGGUGCCACGACAAGAAAAUACCAAGAUGAAAACCUUAUCCUACCCAUUUUCCAGAGAGAAAAUAUAUUUGUAUAACAUCAAAGACAAAGACACCUUUUUUGACAAUGCAACCCGCAGCCGAAUAGUGAGGGAAAUUUUGAAGCGCACAUCUACCAAGGCCAGAAACAGCAUGGGCAUUGGCACGUUAAUAGCAAACAAUGUUUAUGAUGCAGCCUACCCACUUCAUGAUGGUGACUAUGUAGGCCAAAAUGAUGACAUGAAUGAAAGAAAGGAUUUCCUUGGAGAAAAUGCACAGUAA